AUGGCGACCCUAGAAUCAAAGCUCCAGGGCGUGUCCAUCCUGGGCAACGUCAACAACGACCACCGCAAGAUCCUCACCAAGGAGGCCGUGGCCUUUCUCGCUCUCCUGCACCGCAGCUUCAACGGCACGCGUAAAGCCCUGCUGGAGCGCAGAAAGACCCGCCAGGCAGAGAUUGACCGUGGUCAACUGCUUGAUUUCCUGCCAGAGACCAAGCACAUUCGUGAGAACGAUGCCUGGAAGGGUGCCCCCCCUGCUCCCGGUCUCGUCGACCGCCGUGUCGAGAUCACCGGACCAACGGAUCGCAAAAUGGUCGUGAAUGCGCUAAACUCGGACGUGUUCACCUACAUGGCCGACUUUGAAGACUCCUCUGCCCCGACAUGGGAGAAUAUGAUCAACGGCCAAGUCAACCUGUAUGACGCCAUCCGUCGCCAGGUCGACUUCAAACAAGGCAGCAAAGAGUACAAGCUGCGCAGCGACCGAACCCUGCCCACUCUGAUCGCCCGUGCUCGCGGCUGGCACCUCGAGGAGAAGCAUUUCACCGUCGACGGCGAGCCCAUCUCUGGCUCGCUGUUUGACUUUGGUCUGUACUUCUUCCACAAUGCCCGCGAGCUGAUCCAGCGCGGCACUGGCCCGUACUUUUACCUCCCCAAGAUGGAGUCACACCUCGAGGCUCGCCUGUGGAACGAUGCCUUCAACCUGGCCCAGGACUACAUCGGUCUUCCCCGAGGCACCAUCCGUGCCACUGUUCUGAUUGAGACCAUCAACGCCGCCUUCGAAAUGGACGAGAUCAUCUAUGAGCUCCGUGACCACAGCUCUGGUCUCAACUGCGGCCGCUGGGACUAUAUCUUUUCCUUUAUCAAGAAGUUCCGCCAGAACCCCAACUUUGUUCUUCCAGACCGUUCUGCCGUGACCAUGACCGUCCCAUUCAUGGACGCCUAUGUCCGUCUUCUCAUUAAGACUUGCCACCGUCGAGGUGUCCACGCCAUGGGCGGAAUGGCAGCACAGAUCCCGAUCAAGGACGACCAAAAGGCCAACGACAUUGCCAUGGAGAAUGUCCGCAAGGACAAGCUGCGCGAAGUGCGCGCCGGACACGACGGCACCUGGGUUGCCCACCCGGCGCUUGCCAGCAUUGCGCUGGACGUUUUCAACAAGCACAUGCCUACUCCGAACCAGCUGUUCAACCGCCGCGAGGAAGUGCAAGUCACCGCCAACGACCUGCUAAAUACCAAUGUUCCCGGCUCCAUCACCGAGGACGGAAUCCGAAAGAACAUCAACAUCGGCCUAGGCUAUAUGGAGGGGUGGCUGCGCGGAGUCGGCUGCAUCCCGAUCAACUUCCUGAUGGAGGAUGCCGCCACGGCAGAAGUGUCGCGAAGCCAGCUCUGGCAAUGGGUGCGACACAACGUCGUCACAGCCGAGGGCAAACGCAUCGACAAGGCAUACGCGCUGCGCCUGCUGCAAGAACAGACCGACUCGCUGUCGCAAAAGGCGCCCAAGGGAAACAAAUUCCAGCUGGCUGCCCGGUAUUUCGCCACGCAAGUCACUGGCGAGGAUUACGCAGACUUUUUGACCUCGCUGCUGUAUAAUGAGAUUUCGUCGCCGGGCAAUGCUGCGAAAUUGUAA